AUGGAGUCGGCAGUAGCACAAAAUCUUGCGAUCCGUAACUUAUACGCCAAGGUGGAAAAGGUCGGUGAAGGUACCUACGCGUCCGUCUUCCUCGCUCGCAACGUCAAGACAGGACAGAAGGUAGCUAUCAAGAAGAUCAAGAUCGUCUCGAACGAGAACGGUAUGGAUGUCACGGCGAUACGCGAAGUCAAGUUCUUGAAAGAGCUCAGUCAUCCCAACGUGAUCAAGAUGGUCGAUGUCUUCUCCUCCGGCUCCUCAUCACCCUCUCUGAAUCUGGUACUCGAGUUCCUGGACACCAAUCUGGAAGCGCUAAUCAAGGACAAAGCGUUGAUCUUCACCCAAGCGGACAUCAAGAGCUGGAUGGCGAUGCUGUGUCGAGGCAUGGAGUACUGUCAUCGCAACUGGGUACUGCAUCGCGAUUUGAAGCCCAACAACUUGCUCAUCUCUCCUGAGGGCGAAUUGAAGAUUGCCGAUUUUGGUCUUGCCCGCGAACACGGCGACCCUGGUGCACGCAUGACCCACCAGGUGGUCACAAGAUGGUACCGACCGCCAGAACUGCUGCUCGGAUCGCGCGCUUACUCUUCCGCUGUCGACAUGUGGAGUGUUGGCUGCAUCUUUGCCGAGCUCAUGCUUCGCGUCCCAUACCUGCCUGGCGAGUCGGAUGCCGAGCAGUUGACGACUAUUUUCAAAGCCCUUGGCACACCAACAGAGAAAGAUUGGCCCAGCCACAAGCGGCUUCCGGACUAUACAACGUUCGAGCAGCACCCCAAAUCCAACCUAGCUGACCUCUUUUUGGCAGCAAGCCCAGAAGCGCUCGACUUCUUGCAAAGGACCUUGCUCUAUGAUCCACUCAAACGACUCAGCGCCAAUCAAGCGCUGCAUCACUCUUACUUCAAGCAGAGUCCGCCACCGACACCGUUCAGGCAGCUACCAAGACAUCCGACCAAAGCACUGGAUCCCAACGAUCCAGCAGCACACCCACUGCUGUCAGAUAGCAAGGAGAAGAACGAAGCACGUGAAAAGCAGCAAUCUCAAGGGCAGAGCGACGUCAAUGGCAAGAAACGACCGCUCGAUGCGAAGGAGAUCGAAGAGAGGAAACGUCUUGCGCGAAAGCUUGCAUUCGAAUGA